AUGGAGUUUUCAAAAAUUUCACUAGUAAUUGUUUCCUUCAUGGCCUUGAUCAUGACUCAUCUCUCUUUAGCCCAAAAUUCCCCACAAGACUUCCUUGCACCCCAUAAUGCAGCUCGUGCAGAAGUUGGGGUCCAACCCGUGAUGUGGAAUGACAUUGUCGCGACAUAUGCCCUAAACUAUGCUAAUCAAAGAAGUGUUGAUUGCAACAUGCAACAUUCUCAGGGACCGUAUGGUGAGAACUAUUGUUCCAAUAAGAACCUCGCCGAGGGCUCCGGUGAAUUCAUAAUGUCGGACGCAGUAAAGAUGUGGGUGGAUGAGAAGGUAAACUAUGACUACAAUUCUAAUUCAUGUGUGGGUGGUGAGUGCCUGCAUUAUACUCAAGUUGUUUGGAGCAACACUGCACGAAUAGGGUUUGCUAGCGUUUAG